CUUCAGCACCUCAGGUGUGUUUCAGUCCCCAGUCUCCUUUCAAACCUGCAGGACUUACGGGGCCUUGGCCGUUAUCUGCUCAAGCUGCUCUGCUUCUCCCUCCAAACCCUCGCCAUGUCAUACUUUGUCAGCCCGGAAUUUCUGCGAGUCCUGCUUCUCGGCUGCAUCACCUCGCUGCACAUGACAUGGCGACGGCUCGUCAAUCAGAUAGUUCCGGAACCCUAUCUCGACGAAUAUUUCCACAUCCCUCAGGCCCAGGCAUAUUGGCUCGGGAGGUGGUCGCAGUGGGAUCCUAAAAUCACUACUCCCCCCGGCCUCUACGUCUUUUCCUACGUCGUCAAUGCGGUCCGGGGCUUCUUCUCCAAAGAAGAACUGAGACCUUCUGUCAACGAGUGGAGAUUUACCAAUGUACUGUUGCUGUAUCUAUUGCUGGUCGCAUUGUACAUUCUGGCGGCCGUCGGGAGGAGGACUGUGUAUCAUGAAAGUGUUCUUCAGCGGGAGUUCAGCAUCAUCUGCUUCCCCUUGAUUUUCUUCUUCUCUGGCAUAUACUACACCGAUCUGUUCAGCGUUCUCACCGUGGUCCUCAGUGAGGUCUUUUGGAAAGCAGGAAUCAACUCGCAGGGACCCGUCAAGGUCCUCUUCCAAGCGUCACAUUUCGUGGCUGGGUUGGUGUCGUUAUCCGCCCGGCAGACGAAUAUCUUUUGGGUCGCGGUGUUUCUGGGUGGCCUCCAGGUCAUUGAAAGCGUUAAACAGAGAGUGGGCGCGCGCGAGGUUCACGAUCCUCCCGUGUCUGAAUCAUACUUUGAAGAUUUCCCCAUCACAAGCAUUUCUCUCGCCCAAUCUGCCGUCCCCAUGAUACCCCAACUCCUUCUCGACUUGUGGCCACAAUUAUCGCUCCUCGCCGUGUUCGCCGCGUUUGUCGUCUGGAACAGUGGCGUUGUCCUCGGAGACAAAGACAACCACAUUGCAACAAUCCACCUUGCCCAAAUGCUGUAUAUUUGGCCCGCAAUCGUCUUCUUUUCAUGGCCUGUUCUGCUACCGCUUUUCUCCGACCUCCGCGGUCUUCGUCGACGACUCCCCAGGAUCACCACGACAAUGAGCUUCCUCCUUCUCAUGCUCGCCGUCGUCAAAUUCAACACCAUCAUACACCCCUUCACCCUCGCUGACAAUCGACAUUAUACGUUCUAUGUCUUCGCUAUACUGAGAAAGCACGGGUUCAUCAGAUACGCAGUUGUUCCAGUCUACUGUCUAUGCGCGUGGAUGGUUCUGGGAAGUCUAGGAGGUGCGACGGACGCUGUAUCAUCGUCAUCAAAGUCCGCUCGCGUUCUGUACGGAGACGACACUGUGCGAGUGAGCUUCAUACUUGUCUGGCUUGUAGCCACCUCGCUGUCACUCAUAGCCGCUCCACUGGUGGAGCCUCGAUACUUUCUGAUACCUUGGCUGACAUGGCGGCUGGCUGUCCCGGAAUACAUCGCCCCGUCAGCAGAGAAGCGGAAGAGAUCGGAGCUGGAGACCAAGGGUUCUUCUCGAGAGACCAGUUCUCUAGAUGCCCCAUCAACAUCAGCGUUACAUGCGCUGCUAAGAACGGCUGCAGCGCAUUCUGCAUGGGUGGAAUUAGUGUGGUAUGUUGUCGUCAACGCAGUCACAUGCUACCUGUUCUUGUACAGAGGAUUCGAGUGGCCCCAGGAGCCGGGGAAUGUCCAGAGGUUCAUGUGGUAGUGCCCGUAUAACGACCUCUGCCCGGGUUCAGUCGAAGGAAGCAGAGGGAGAUGUAUACCAGCGGGAAACUUGGCGGUGCAAUAGUGGCAGCAAG